UCUUCACUGAAGUUGCAGGAAAGGAUAACAAGAUAACAUCUCUCUUCUUCUUCGCUUGUUCAACAACAAUGGCGACCGCAUCUCCUUCUUCAGUCUCCUUCUUCUCCUCCUCCAUUUUCCUCUCCACGCCCUCCCCCUCCCCCAAAACCCUCCAAUUCCCCCGCCGCCGCCCUCCCCUCGCCAAAAUCCACGCCGAGCUCGCCACCGUCCCCAUCCUCUCCUUCGACGGCGACCAGGUCGGCUCCGCCACGCUCAACCUCAAAUCCGCCCCUCCGGAGACCGCCCGCGCCGUCGUCCACCGCGGAAUCACCACCGACCUCACCAAUCGCCGCCGCGGCACGGCCUCAACCCUAACCCGCGCCGAGGUCCGCGGCGGCGGCGCCAAGCCCUACCCGCAGAAGAAGACCGGCCGCGCCAGGCGCGGCUCCCAGCGGACGCCGCUCCGGCCCGGCGGAGGCGUGAUUUUCGGCCCGAAGCCCAAGGACUGGUCGAUUAAGAUCAACCGGAAGGAGAAGAGGCUGGCGAUCUCGACCGCGAUCGCGAGCGCGCUCGGGAACGCGAUCGUGGUGGAGGAUUUCGAGGAGAAGUUCGAGAAGCCGAAGACGAAGGAGUUCAUCGCGCUGAUGAAGAGGCUAGGGCUCGAUCCGAAGAGGAAAUCGAUGUUUCUGAUGACGGAGGUUUCGGAUAAUGUGAGGCUUUCGAGUAGGAAUUUGGGGACGCUGAAGAUGCUGACGCCGAGAACGCUGAAUCUGUUCGAUGUUUUGGAUGCGGAGAGCUUGGUUCUGAGCAAAGGAGCUGUGGAUUUUUUGAAUGAGAGGUAUGGAUUGGAUGGAGAUGGUGAUGAUGAAGAUGAAGAUGAGUUUGAAGAGGAAGAUGAAGGAGCUGAGGCUGAGGUAGAAGGAGACACCGAUUCAUCGGAGUGAAUCUCUCCCUCCCUCUCUCUGUUGACCGGUGCAAACGCUCUCGACUCGACUGGCAGAACCACCAGCUAGUGUAUGUUAAAUGGUUCAGGUUCCAACUCAUGAUUCAGCCUGUAUUUUUUGAUAGCAAUACCACUGCUGCAAUCUCAAAUUUUAUAGCCAUUCUAGCUUUGUUGUUCAAUUGCUUCAGAUUUUGACCAUUUGAUGAAAAUGUUGCUAGGAUACCUAAUGUAUCUAGCCAUUGUUUUCUGGUAAA